AUGGUUUGCUAUCGCUGCGGUGGUGUUGGUCACCAGAGCCGCGAGUGCACGUCCGCGGCGGACUCUGCACCGUGCUUCCGCUGUGGCCAGCCCGGCCACGUUGCCAAAGAGUGCCUAAGCACGAUCUCGGCUGAGGAGGCGCCUUGCUUCUUCUGCCACAAGGCGGGCCACCGUGCACGCGAGUGCCCGGAAGCGCCGCCAAAGUCCGAGACGGUGAUGUGCUACAACUGCUCGCAGAAGGGUCACAUCGCGAGCGAGUGCACCAACAACCCACACUGCUACCUGUGCAACGAGGAUGGUCAUGUUGGUCGCUCGUGCCCGGCGGCGCCGAAGCGCUCGGCUGCGGACAAGACGUGCCGCAAGUGCGGCAAGAAGGGUCACCUCCGCAAAGACUGCCCCGAGGCCUAA